UUAGUAUUGAAAAAACAUUCAAAGCGUUAACAUAGCAAACAAGUGAAAGAGCCAAAAAGCUCAUAUCAACAAAACAACGACGAAUAAAAGCAAAUUUUGAAAAUUUUUAAAAGUAAAAAUAUUGCAAUCAGAAAAAAGAACAAGAACAGCGACACAAGAAGAAAACAUCUACAGAAAGAGAUUUUUUGAAACCCACAAGUAUUGCAUAGAAUAAUUACAACUUUCCAUCGAGUACAGUUCAAUUGAAAAGGAAGCAAAAUGGUAGCAAUUGGUAUUGAUUUGGGCACAACCUACUCCUGCGUUGGUGUCUUUCAACAUGGCAAAGUGGAAAUUAUUGCCAAUGACCAAGGUAAUCGCACUACACCCAGCUAUGUGGCCUUCUCGGAGACAGAGCGCCUCAUUGGCGAUGCCGCCAAGAACCAAGUGGCCAUGAAUCCCAAGAACACAGUCUUCGAUGCCAAGCGUUUGAUUGGCCGCAAAUACGAUGAUCCCAAAAUCAUGGAGGAUAUCAAACAUUGGCCCUUCAAGGUGGUCAGCGACUGCGGUAAGCCCAAGAUUUGUGUCGAAUUCAAGGGAGAACAGAAACGUUUUGCCCCCGAAGAAAUCAGUUCAAUGGUUCUCACAAAGAUGAAAGAAACAGCCGAAGCCUACUUGGGCCAGAGUGUCAGUGAUGCCGUUAUAACAGUACCAGCCUACUUCAACGAUUCCCAGCGUCAGGCUACAAAGGAUGCCGGCCGCAUUGCUGGUUUAAAUGUCCUGAGAAUCAUCAAUGAACCCACAGCCGCCGCCUUGGCCUAUGGUCUGGACAAAAAUUUGAAAGGUGAACGCAAUGUGCUGAUCUUUGAUUUGGGUGGUGGUACCUUUGAUGUCUCCAUCUUGACCAUCGACGAAGGUUCUCUCUUCGAAGUAAGAGCUACUGCCGGUGACACUCAUUUGGGUGGUGAAGACUUCGACAACCGCCUCGUCACCCAUUUCGCAGAGGAGUUCAAACGCAAAUAUAAGAAAGAUCUUCGCUCCAACCCCAGAGCUUUACGCCGCCUAAGAACUGCUGCAGAGAGAGCCAAACGCACAUUGUCAUCGAGCUCUGAGGCCACCAUUGAAAUCGAUGCCUUGUUCGAGGGACAAGAUUUCUACACCAAAAUCAGUCGUGCUCGUUUCGAAGAACUAUGUGCCGAUCUCUUCCGUCAAACAUUGCAGCCCGUGGAGAAGGCACUCAACGAUGCCAAAAUGGACAAGAGCGACAUUCAUGAUAUCGUCUUGGUUGGUGGUUCCACCAGAAUUCCCAAAGUUCAAAAUCUUCUUCAACAAUUCUUCUGCGGCAAGAGUUUGAAUUUGUCCAUUAAUCCCGAUGAAGCUGUUGCCUAUGGUGCCGCAAUCCAAGCAGCCAUACUCAGUGGCGACAAGAGCAGUGCCAUCCAAGAUGUGCUUCUGGUCGAUGUGGCGCCCCUCUCCCUUGGUAUUGAAACAGCAGGCGGUGUAAUGGCCAAGAUCAUCGAACGCAACUCGCGCAUUCCAUGCAAGCAAACCCAGACAUUCUCCACCUAUUCGGACAACCAAUCUGGAGUCACCAUUCAAGUAUUUGAGGGAGAACGUGUGAUGACCAGAGACAACAACAGAUUGGGAACAUUCGAUUUGUCUGGCAUUCCUCCAGCUCCAAGGGGAGUUCCACAGAUUGAAGUCACUUUCGAUUUGGAUGCCAAUGGUAUUCUCAAUGUAUCAGCCAAGGAAAUGAGUUCGGGCAAUGCCAAGAAUAUCACCAUCAAAAACGACAAAGGACGUUUGUCCCAAGCCGAAAUCGAUCGCAUGGUCAACGAGGCGGAGAAAUACGCCGAGGAGGAUGAGAAACAGAAAAAUAAGAUUGCAGCCCGCAAUAAUCUGGAGAGCUAUGUGUUUGGCGUGAAGCAGGCAUUAGACCAAGCAGGCGACAAGAUUUCACCACAAGAAAAGAGUGAAGCAUUGCGAGCUUGCGAAGAUACAAUCAAAUGGCUGGAUGCCAACUCAUUGGCUGAAAAGGAGGAGUACGAGGAUAAAAUGAAGAGCCUGACGCAAUUGUGCACACCAUUGAUGACUAAGUUGCAUAACGGUGGAGGAGCUGGAGCGUCAUGUGGUCAACAGGCUGGAGGAUUUGGAGCUGGUCGAUCGGGACCCACUGUCGAAGAAGUGGAUUAAAUCAUAAAUUAAUAGAAAGAAGACUUCUGUAGAUCUAAGGCAACCAGUAUUAGUCAGUAACUCAUGAUCAUUGUAAAUAGUUCCCAUUCAACCACUGUUGUUCGAUGAUAAGUUUAGUUAUGCGAUUUUAUUUUAAGUAGAAUAACAAAUUGAAGAAAUGAAGAUGGAUGAAAAUAUUUUUCCAAUAAAAUAAAUGAUGAAGAUUUUAAUUUUGAUACCAAA